AUGAUUUACAAUAAAUAUAUUAAAAAAUUUAAAAAUACAAAAAGAAAAUAUUGUGAUGUAUUAGAAAAUAAUGAAAAAGAAAUUAACAAUCCAUCAAAUUCUUUUAUGACUAGAGAUUCAUUAAGAAAUCUUAUUUUAAAAUACUAUUUUAAAAUAAUUUUAGAUAAAAUCUACGAAAAUUAUAAAAAAAAUAAUUAUUUUUUUGAAAUAUUUAUAUAUAUAGACAUUAUAAAAUUAAUUGAUUCAAAAAAUUCUAUAGGUUAUUAUAUGACGAAAAACUUUGUUGAAUUUGUAAAUUAUUUUAAUGAAACUUCAUAUAUUUUAUUGUUUGAAUUUUUAAAAAAUUUUAAAGGGAACGAACCUUUGAGUGACAAGCUAACAGUAUAUCUGGAUAUUGUCAUAAAAAAUAAUUUUUUUACUAUUUUUUUAAUUCCAAUUAAUACUCCAAUUAAAACAGAUUGUAUCUUAAAUCUAGGAAAAUCAAAUAAAUUAGAAAGCAAUUUUUAUAACGUAAUUGAACUAGUUAAUGCAACAUUAAUAUGUAAAGAUAAAAAAAGUUAUAUAUAUAAAUCUUUUUAUAUGAGAAUUUGCGAAUGUGCAAAUAAAUAUUUAUCGCAUCAUAACGUUGUUGUGCAAACUAAUAAACUAGGAGAUUUAUAUGAGAAAAAGGAAGAUAAAGAAAUAUGUAAGUUAUGCUAUACAAAAGAAUAUGAAGAAAUAAUUAGUAAAAGGAAGUUUAAAAACUUUUUCAUUUUAAAGUUUUCUUUUUCUAAAACUAUUGAUGAAUAUAAUAAUAGAGAUGAAUAUACAACUUUUGAAGUGUUAUUUCAAGAUAUAAAUGAAAAAAAUGAAAAUUUUGAAAUUGGUAUGAAAUACAAUUUAAUUAUUGUGUCUAUUCCUAAUAAAUUAAAUCAAAAUAACAUCAAGGGAUUGCGUGCUGCUAGUCUUUGGUUAUUGAAUUAUAGAAAAAAUAAAAUAAAAAAAUUUGAAGAUCAUAUGUUAUCCUUAUCAACAAAUGUAAAUACAUUAUUAUCUACUGAGUGCUUUAAUUAUUUACUAAAUUCUCAAAACUUAUAUGAUAUGAAUAGUAUUAUAAUUGAUAUAUUAAAACUUCCAAAUGAUAGUUCUUUUUUAAAUAAGAUUUGUAAAACAACAAAAUUAACACUAAUUUUAAUUAGCAUAAGUAAUAGCUUUUUAAAAUCUUUGAAUUUUAAUUCUUUUGCUUAUGAUAUAUAUAAUAAAGUAAAUAAAAGGAAAUGGCAUAUGUCUUCUAUCAAAGAAAAUAUUUCAGCAAAAAUGAGAGCUCCACAUUGUUUUUUUAUAUGCUUAGACGAAAUACUAAUAAUAGAAAUGGUUAAGUUUUGCAAUUAUUUCUGUAAUAUUAAGCUUCUGGAUAUGAAAAAAGAUUCUUUUAAUAUAUUACUAACUCAGAAAUAUGAUAUACUAGUCAUAAAUAUAAAUAAUUUAAAUAAUUCUCAAAUUAAAUUAUUAGUAGAAAUCAUGAAAAAUGGAAUAUACAAGAAUAAAAAAUUUUUAAUUCCAAUAACAACUACAUUUUGGGUUUAUGCCAUAAAGUCAUUUAUAAGAAGUGAACAUGAGUUCAACUUGUAUAUCAGUGAAAAUUUAUUGGCUCGUUUUGAUUUUUUGUUCGAACUUAGUUUUGAAAAAGAAGAAGAUAUAAUUGAUGAAUUAUUAAGAACAGCGGAUGAUACUAAAAUAAAAAAUUUCGAUUAUUAUUUUGAUUUAAAUAACAAAUAUUCAUAUUUAAAAAAGAAUAAUUUAUCUUAUUUUGAAUUUAAUGAAAUUAGUGAUAUAUCUAAAUCGAUUAUUCAGAAAUAUUUUAAUAUGGCUUCAGAUUUGUCAACUCUAACUAUAUAUCAUAUAGGUAUUUCUGAAUUAUUAUGUAUCAGUGUGUCUAUUUUAUUAAAAAAAAAGGAAUGCUUAAUUGAGCAUGUUGUUUUAGGCCUUUUUUUAUAUGAUAAAUUUGUUUCUUCUACCAAAAACAAAUUAACGCAAUUUGAUAAGAAUAUUUUAAACAAUAUAAUAAGCCCCAAACAUAAUCAAAUUACUUCAUUUAAGAAAUUAAUGAAUUAUUUUUCUUCAUAUUUAAAUGCUACAAUGGAUUUAUAG